CCUGUGCUUAGAUUAUAGCGCUUGAUUCAUUCUUGUACCUGUUUGCCUGAAGUGAGUGCGACAUUAGCUUUUUGUGCUCAAAACAAUAUGCUGUUUAGGUUUUUCCCCCUGUUCUUUUUGUGUGAGAGCACAGUGACAGUGCUGACAAAUAAGUCACAAGGGCUAACUACAGUAGCUGCGGAAGAUAAGCUAUCACCUCUGCAGCUGGUGGCCACACCAGACUACCCAGUUGCAGCAGGUCAAGAAGUCCACCUCCACUGCAGUGCUUUCAACAUGCCAAUUGUCACUUGGUCUUGGCAACACCUGGAAAAUCAGACCUGGCUAGAAGUGGGCAUCGGUACAGAUCUGACACUCACCAAGCCAGAGCAGAGUGGGCUUUACCACUGCAGUGCAGAGACCAAGUCUCUUCAGAAGAGUGUGAGCCCUAACCACACAGUCUAUAUCGUCUCCAUGCCUGCAGCGACAGCUGGUGAGAAUUUAGGAAUAGCUGCCUUCACUAUCUCUCUCCUGGCCUUGAUCAUCAACCUUGCUAUUCUUUUUUGGCUAUGCUGGCAAAGACUUGGUGACCCCUUGGUGACCACCUCCAGCACUGCAGCUAAAGGUAUUCCCGGACCUGAAAAUUUGCCAAAGGGAGGUUUGCCACAGGCUGACAGUGAUCGAGAUGUGUACAUGAAUUACACAAACACCAACCGAGCCUACACUGAUCUGGGCUCCACCCAUAAGAAUGAAGAUAAUGUGUACUCAGUUCUGUCAUGAACAUCUGUAGAAUGACAAAGAGGAAAAAUGACAAAAUGAGCAUUUGGUCCAACCACAGACUAAAAUUUGGUAAUUUCUGCAUUUAGAGCCCAGCAUUAAUAAACCUGAUGGAUGAGGAUUUCCAUAAACAGUU